UCAAACCCUGUACCACACUUGAUUCACCUACAUCUUUCUAAAAUAUCUGUUAUUUUUACAUUGGCUUUUCUUCUCUUCUUUUAGCUUACGAAAUGGCACGAAACCUAAAGAACAUGAUGCUUUGUGGGUUUGGUCUUGUGUGUUUUCUUAUGAUCGCUGACAGAGCCUAUGCUAGAGAGUUUACGGUCGGUGGUGCAACAGGUUGGACUGUCCCUUCUGGUGCUCAAGUGUACAGUCAAUGGGCAGAACAGAGCAGAUUCCAAAUCGGCGACUCUCUGUUGUUCGUCUACCAAUCAAACCAAGAUUCAGUGCUCCAAGUCACAAGAGACGCUUACGACAGCUGCAACACGGACUCACCAAUUGCUAAAUUCGCCGAUGGCAAAACUUCUGUCACGCUGAACCACUCUGGGCCAUACUAUUUCAUCAGUGGAAACAAAGACAACUGCAAGAAAAACGAGAAGCUUGUGGUCAUCGUCAUGGCUGAUAGAAGUGGCAACAAAAACACCACAUCAUCACCGCCGUCCCCUGCCCCAGCUCCCUCAGGAGAAUCCUCUCCUUCUCCGCCUGUUUCGGGAACCUUUGAGAUGACCCCAGCACCUACGCCUACUACGUCUCAAGAAACUCCAAACAACGCAGCUUCUUCUUCAUCCUUUGUCGCUGCUCUUCUUGGGGCUGCUCUAGCUUCCACUCUAUUCCUACACUAAGAAGUUUCUCUUUUGUCUUCCGAUUUCAAUCUGUAUUGAGUCUCUUCCCUUUCUCUCUUCAUCCAAGUUUGUGUCAAUUGGUGUUUGUUGUUUGAUUUUUUUUACCCCAUUUGUUUUUUAUGUAAACGAAUAAAAGUUCUACUUGUGU